AGAAUUCAAGUUCUCGUAGAAAGGCUCUGGCAGGGGAUCCGGUGGAGUGGAUGGGCUCGAGAAUUCGAAAUCUCGGUGAUCAGCGAGUGCUGUGGAGCUUCCAUCAGCAACGGCAACAGAUUCAGAUUUGGCAGAUUCUGAUCCUGGUACAAAUCCUCGUCGGGUGAAAUGUCGAGCGGGUUAUUCUGAAGCUCGUGACAGUUUCGUGCUUUCCGUCCAGAAUUCCGUAGUCACUAGUUGUAGCUUCAUCGUCCUUGCGCUCAGCAUCUCGCAGCAGGUGCACGCACUGACAGAGGAACGAAACGAACAGGGCGAGGCGAUACAAGACUCGACAGGAGUUGCAAAUCAGACAGAGUCGUGUUAGGAUCCAGCACAUUGAUGCGACAGAUAUAUGGGGAAUUGUAAGCUCGCCGACAAGCUCAAUUGGGAGUAUUUGGAAGAGCUGAAGGUGUCGAUAUGGAGAACUAUCGGAAGAAUGACAAACAUGGGAGCUUACCCCAUCACCAAGUCGGACAGCGUGAGCUGCUGCGUCAGGCAACCGCCUCUGACGAGACGGCGCUCGUCGAGAAACAAGAGCACUCCGGCGGCAGAUCACCAUCAAAAGUACAACAUUUGUUUCUGUCUUCUGGAAUCGCGAGAUUUUCCCAGACUCGGCUCCGAGUCCACACCAACAAACCGGGCCAUCUCCCGCACCUCCUUCACUGCACUGCCGGACCGAUUUCUCGUCGGCGUCAUGGCUACUGUCAGCUCCACUUGCUCGUCUCCUGCCGAUCUCAUCCGACCCAUGCUCGCGUGCAAGAAGUUGUGGUCGGUAGGACGAAGUGCGAGAGUUCUGGUGAGCGCCGCGUCUCCAGCUCUGGACGUCGCAGCAGCCAAGUGGUCGCCAGGAGCGCACUGCUUUCUGAAGCGGUGCGCGGAUGCGGGGAACACAGAAGCUUGCUACAUUUUAGGCAUGAUUUACUUCUACAGCCUAGGAUUGAGGAAGUGGGGAGUCGCGUUAAUGGCCAAGGCAGCAAUGCAGGCCCAUGCUGCAGCUCUGCAGUCGCUGGCCAUAAUCCAGUUCAAUGGCAGCGGAGGAAGACGCAGGAACAAGGACCUCUCAUCUGCAAUCACUCUGUGCGCUGCUGGAGCAAGUCUGGGCUACGUGGAUGCGAUGUGGGAGCUCGGUCACUGCUUGCUCACGGGUUACGGUGCUCUGACGAAUGUGUCGCUGGGCACAUCCAUCAUCUGGAAAGCUAAUGAGAUCGAGAGAGCAGCUUCAGCUUCUUCACCUGUCGGCAAGGUUGGCGUUCAUACGGUCAAUAGGUUUCUGGUCGACUGGUUCCACUCGUUUCCACCCAGAUCAGGGCUUCAAUUGUGUUCUCACUCGAGCUGUGGACGACCGGAGACGAGAAAGUACGAGUUCAAGCGAUGCUCUGCUUGUGAUUCGGUGCAAUAUUGUUCCAAGGCGUGUCAGAACUGGGACUGGAAGUUCAGACACAAGGAUGAAUGCGUGACCAAGAUCAUGAAGGAUCUGAGGCAGAUGAGUCUUCAGCGUGUGUAAGCGGCAGCAGAGAACAGAUUCUCAAUGUGCAAGUGCCUCGAACGUCGUCCCGGGCACCGGGAAAAACAUCUCGACGUAGAUUAGAGAGAGAGAGCCUUUUUGUGAAAGAAAUGUUUCCUAGAUAAUUAAGAAAGUUCUUCGCUGAAUCCAGCAGUCUUCACUCAUAACAUCUGGUUCUCAAGUUUGGUUUUGGAUUCAUCUGCUCGUUCGGUUUGUGCUCAACAAUACCCGAGUUUGUCCGAUUCAUAUAUUCAAUGCAAUCUCCAGCACAGGUUUUUUCCUUCCGGUUCGUUUUGAGGAGCAGGUGUUACUUGAAAACUCCAGUUACCGAAGUGUUUUCAGUUAUAGAUCACAGUAAAAAAAUUAAUGAAGGCCGAGUGAACGGAUUUCAAAGUGGUUAGGGAACCAAUCAAUAUAGCACCACUCCCAAAUGAACAAAGUGGAAGGCCACGGACAGAAGCUACGAGAAGUUUAUGUCUUGGUCGUCUAGGCUUUAACAAGCUAUAGAAACCGGGACCUGCCGUCUGUGGUUAUUGCGACAGAAAGAAAGCGCAGAGUUACUCUGAGAAGCACUAGAUUACC